CAUUACACAACAUUGUAAGUUAUAACCAAUAACCGUAGUAAAAAAACAUUCUUUACUCUUCUACUUUCAAAGUCAAUGAUUAGUGUGUGCAGGAAUUAGGGAAUAUGACGAAUAUUUUAUGGUAUAAGCAUGAAACAAAAAUUUUGACACGUGAAAAUAAGGUGCGGGUCAUUUAGGUGACCCGCAAUCCACCCACAACCCAUAGGAGAUCAAUCCACAAUUCACCCACAACAAACCACAACUUCUUAGCUAGGCUGAAAGUUUGGUAUCGCUAUUUGGGAUAAUGUCAAACACUGUACCAAAUUUUUUAUAUUUUGUUUUAUUGAAUACACAUAUAUUUUAUGAGAUUGAGAUUGAAUUUCAAUGAUAGCGAUUACGGGAUUAGGUGGGUAUUAGUACCAAAAUACUGAUCAUAUAUCCAAAUAUAAGUUAGUGUGUAUUUUAUCCUUCCCAACUAGACUCCAUCAAUUGCCAAGAUGGUCACUUAAUUGUACGUAGUUUAUUCCUUCACUAUUCAAAAACUUAUAUCAAACUCAUUUUGUUACUUGUAGUAUGUCUAUUGGUUGUUUAUUCGUCUAUGUUUUAGUUUAUUACUUUAUUUUGUUAGUGUGCUUCUUAUACACCAUAUUUUUUCUAGUUUGUUAUUAUUAUACUAGAUAUCUUUUCCCAUUUGUUUUGCAUGAGUGAUGCACCAUUGUUUGAUUUUAUAUAAUUUGAAAAUGGUUUGUGGAGUCGCUCUGGCAGAAGAGAAGUAUUUGCGCUUGUAUAUUUGAUUCGUGAUUUUGAAGAGAAUAAAUUUGGUAUUCGGUAUAUACUAAUACCGAACAAAUUAUUAGGGAUUGAGAUUGGGAUUCCAAAUUCAUUUUGGAAUUGUGAUUGAGUUUAGAGCACUAUUUGGUAUUUGGGAAUUCGGUAUUUGGUACUGUGAUACCGAUACUGAUACCGUAUCGAUGUCCAUCCCUACUCUUCAGGGCACACCAAAACCAUGUAUCCUGUAUAAUUAUGGGGAGGUCUCCAAAAGAGAGAAUCGUUAGAUAAAACCAAAUACGACCAUCCCCACACUUUAAUUCCAACCAUUAUUCGAUCUAUACUUCUCCCAUUAUUUUUUUUCGGGGACUUUAAUUGUAUCCUUGACAGUUCUGAAAAAUCAGGAGGCAGAUGCCCUGCCCUUUCCGCCUUGGAUCAAUUAAGAAAUUUUUGCCUACAUUCAGGUCUGCAAGACCUAGGUUUUAGUGGCCCUAACUUCACCUGGACAAAUCGCAGAUCGGCUUUGGAUCAUAUUAUGGCUAGACUGGACAGAGUUUUAGUCGCCUCUUUGGCUUUAAACCUUUGGCCUCUCGCCAAGGUAACUCACCUAUCAUAUCUAGGUUCGGAUCACCGAAAGAUUGUGUUGCAACUCAUGCCGCCUCAUAAUUUGGGUCAGCAUCGUUUCCACUUCGAUAGCCGCUGGGCAAAAAACUCGGAAGCAAGACAAGCUUUUGCUGACAAAUGGGGUAGUCAAACCUCUGGUACAAGGCAAUUCAAAUUUUUCAAUGACCUCAAGUCUUCGAGGCAUGAUCUUGUUGAAUGGAUGAAAAAGGGUACUUCUAACUCGGCUAGGAAAAUAAAAGAACUUCGUCUAGAAAUUGAUACAGCCAGAAAUGCCCCAUCUGUUGACUGGGAGGUGAUUAAGGGGCUUGAAAAAGCGUUAUCAUCUUCUUAUCUACAAGAAGAGAUUUAUUGGAAACAAAAAUCUAGAGUUAAGUACCUCCAGGAAGGGGAGUCUAAUACUCAUUUCUUUCAUACCAUUACAAAUCAGAAGAGAAGGAUGCGCACAAUUCUUUACCUCAAGGAUGAUAAUGGCUUAGUUCAUUUAGAGGAAGGAGCUAAAGCCAAUGUGGCAGUUACAUACUUUAUGGGACUCUUCCUAUCUAAUCAACCUUUAGUCCAUGAUUUCAUAUUGAGCUUGGGUCUCCAGAAGAAAGUGAAUGAUUAUAUUAAUACUUGCCUUUCUGCAACAGUUACAAGAAAAGAGAUAAAAGAUGCUACUUUCUCGAUCGGCUCUUAUCAAUCCCCAGGGAUAGAUGGGUUUACUGGUAUCUUCUUUCAAGCCUUUUGGGAUGUGGUUGGGGAAUCCCUAUGUGAUGCCGCCAUCUCCUUCUUUCAUACGGGAAGAUUGUUGCAUAACUUUAAUCAUACGCUGAUCACACUUAUACCCAAGACUCCAAAUGCCGAAACCAUGAAACAAAUGAGACCUAUAGGACUCUGCCAAGUAUUCUACAAGAUCAUUGCUAAAAUUCUAGCAGAUAGGCUGAGUUGUUUCCUUCCUCUCAUUGUGGGCCCUAACCAAAACGGCUUUGUGAAAGAUAGAUCUAUCACAGACAAUAUCUUAAUCGGACAAGAGGUGAUGCAAUUUCUCAAAACUAAAACACAAGGCAAGGAAAAAUGGAUGGCUUUAAAGCUAGACAUGGAAAAGGCUUAUGACAGAGUUGAAUGGCCUCUCUUGUUUGAGUUACUUAAAGGCCUAGGAUUUGGAGAUAAAUGGCUCAAAUGGCUAAGGUCAUGUGUGACAACUGUAUCAUUCUCUAUUGUCCUAAACGGGUCUAUCCAUGGUUACUUCCAUCCUCAAAGAGGCUUACGCCAAGGGGACCCUCUCUCCCCCCUCUUAUUCGCUCUAUACACAGAAGCUUUCUCAUCCCUUAUAGAGAAUUCUAUUAGAAACUCUAGCCUUCACGGGUUACGUAUUCACAGACAAGCUCCACUGAUCUCCCACUUAUUCUUUGCGGAUGAUUCCUACCUAUUCCUCCGUGCCUCCUCUACUGAGUGUGCCCGUCUAAUUGAAAUACUUCAUGAAUAUGAAGUGGUGAGUGGGCAACGAGUUAAUCUCCAGAAAUCAGCUGUUACAUUUAGUGCAAAUGUCUUAGACUCGGAAGCUACUCGCCUAGCUGGUUUACUUGGUGUGUCAACAAUUGGAGUUCAUGAUAGAUACCUUGGACUUCCAUCUCAGGUUCAUAGAUCUAAAAUCCAAACUUUUCGGUAUAUUGAGGACUCUUUAGCAACCAUAAUUCGCCAUUGGAAAUCAAAAAACAUGUCUUUGGCUGCCAAAGAAGUAGUCAUUAAAGCAGUUGGGACAACAACUCCUAUCUUUGCGAUGUCCUGCUUUAGACUCACUUCUGACUAGUGUAGAAGGAUGAACGGGCAACUCUCUACUUUUUGGUGGGCAGGCCAUGACAAAGAAAAAGGUAUACAUUGGUUAUCAUGGUCUGAAUGUUGUUUCAGCAAAUUUGAAGGAGGAUUGGGUUUUAGAGACUUUGAUAGGUUCAAUGUAGCAAUGCUAGCCAAGCAAGCUUGGAGACUUAUCUGCGAACCGGAGAGUAUUCUUGCCAGAAUGUAUAAGGCAAGAUACCAUUUCACCGAUCAUUUCCUCCUAGCCCGUCAGGGGGCUCGCCCCUCUUGGGCUUGGCAAGGUAUUUUGCAGGGUAGAGAUCUGUUGAGUAAAGGUCUUCGUUGGCAAGUAGGAUCAGGUUCUAGGAUAAACAUCUUACUCGACCUUUGGCUACCAACAAACCCUCCUUCUAGCCCUGUGUUGUUAAUUGGCGCCUCACUAGAUCAUCCUAUGGUCUCAUUUAUUCUGGAUUCAAAUGCUAUGGAGUGGAAACUAGACUUGCUUAAAACCUUAUUUCAUCCUGUCACGAUCGAAAAAAUAUUAUCCAUCCCUCUCCCAUCUUCCCCACAAGAAGAUAAAUUGAUUUGGCACUAUGACAAGUCUGGUCACUAUACAGUUAAAUCGGGGUACCACCUUCUUUCAACUAGUUUAACUUCACCCAAGAACACCCUUCCAGAAUUUUUGAACACCAAGUUUUGGAAAUUCAUGUGGAAUAUUCCAAUACCUCCUAAACUCAAAUUCUUUCUUUGGAGAUUGGUGCUGGAUUUUUACCAGUUAAAGGAACCCUCCAUUACAAGAAAAUUACCUCAUCCAGUAUUUGUCCCGUUUGCUGUGAGGUAAAUGAAGACUUCAAGCACUGCUUUUUUGACUGUAGAAUCACUAGAGAACUGUGGACAUUAUCUGACCUUGACCAUAUAAGAGAUAUGAUGAGGGCAAGUCCUAUGGAUCUUCCGUGGAGAAACCUCUUUUUCAUGCCCCAUAUCUCAAAGAAUGAUGUAGCUUUCAUUGUCUUCUUAUUCUGGAGAAUAUGGAAAGGCCGAUGCAAGGCUACUCAUGGACACGUUUUAUACAAGUCACAUGUUCUAUACAGGUAACUAUUAGCGCAUGUGGAGGAAUGGAGAACGGCAGAGGCACAGAAGGUUCAGAGAUCCGAAGAAGCCCGAAGGUCAAUACCCCACUCUUCCACAGGCCAAGGUCCUCCUUCAAGAAGAACAGAUGUUUCCUUCCCUAGUGAAGGUAUCCUAGUUCGUUUUGACGGAGCAAUAAAAAACCCUGAAGGAUGUUCAACUGGCUUCGUCGGCUUUUCAGGUGAUGGAAUAAUCACAUUUGCAGUUG